UAUAUAAAGAGCUCCAUUUCACAUGUCUCUCACACUUCACAUUAAAUUUUUUUUCAAAAUUUCGAAAUUCGAAUUCACAAAUCUCUCUCUUUAUAUAGACGAUGAUGAUGAUUAGAGGAGGAGGAGGAGGAGGAGGAGGAGGAGGAGAAGGUGAAUCGUGGUCUGAGAUGGAGGCGAUGAUAGCUAAGAAGAUGGUUGAGGAGGAGGUUGAAACAGAGAGCAGUGGUUCGUCUGAAGCUGAGACAGAGUCUCCUAGAUCCGUGGGACGUUGGAUCACGGCUAAGGAGAGAGUUAUUCAUAGCCAGGUUUUAAAGAUCAGGGAAGAGGAUCUCUGCGUUCUCCUCGAAGACAAAGUGAUGAUGAUGAAUCCAGCGGAGGAUCAUCGACGAUAUAUACGUCCACGCCGUUUAAAUCUGUUACUGAUCACUCGGCAGAACCUGCCUUGUUCUCCUCUUAGUGGUAAAGUGAGAUCUUCAGUUAACGCUGUUCAGUGAUUGGUUCCUAUAUAUCAAAGGCGAUACUAUAUCCUCUGCGUUUACUUUUUUACUUCUCUGUUUCGUUUUUUCUUUUUUUUUUUUUUUUUU